UUGAAAGGCUCGAAUACGGAAGUCUGCCCAGACAGAAUGGCCUUGACUGAUGUGGUUCUGCCCACUAUACCACCGGGCUAGCUUCUUUCCACCUCAUACUACCGAAAGAACGAGCCAAAAAAGUAGUCGCACAAGAAAGUGGUGUCGUAAAAAGGAACCAUGGGGCCAAACGUCUUUGUGAUGUUCGCGUCAUUGGAUUCACGAUGAGCACAGUUGGCGACAACUGGGGAAGACGCACGAGGAGCGCGCAAGGCUGCUACAAGCUAACCGGAGGGCGAGUUGACGAGUGCACUGUGCUGCGAUGCCUGAGCGACACGAACGCAGGAGACGGUCAUGACAUGGAACAGGAUAUCGGUUUCUUCAAGCAGGCCGACUUGGAGAGAAGGCUUAUGGCCCCGCGGUACAGUUUACGCCGUGAGGUUGGGAGGGGCACGUACGGUGUGGUUUACGAGGCGCUCGCCCGGAAAUCUGGUGCCACAGUAGCAGUGAAGAAGCUGCGGUGCGACGCACCGGAAAACGUCGAACUCGCCCUUCAGGAGUUCUGGGCUUUCACCAGUUUGGAGAAACGCCAUCAAAACGUCGUACAACUAGAAGAGUGUGUGCUACAAAGGAACGGGAUGGGCCAAAAAAUGAGCCACGGCAACAAGCGGUCCAAACAGUACCUGCGGCUCGUGGAAACUUCUCUCAAAGAUUUGCGAGUGCGAUGGCGCGCGGGAGUGAUGGCAAGCGAACGCAAUCGUGCCCGUCAAAUCACAGUGACUGAUACAGGUGAGAGAGUGCUGACGCCUCCAGAAGAGCCAUGUUAUUUGUGGUUUGUCAUGGAGUUUUGUGAAGGAGGUGACCUUAACCAGUUCAUCUUAUCUCGGCGGCCUGACUCUCAAACCAACAACACCUUUAUGCUGCAGCUUACCAGUGCUGUGGCUUUCUUACAUGAGAACAAGAUUGUACACAGAGACCUUAAACCGGACAAUAUCCUUAUCUCUGAGAAAUCAGGGACUCCUGUCCUCAAGGUUGCAGAUUUUGGCCUGAGCAAAGUUUGUGCAGCUUUAGGAAAUGUCAUAGAGGGCAGAGAAGAUGAGGACAAAAAUGUCAACGUCAACAAGUUUUGGUUGUCAUCAGCAUGUGGCUCAGACUUCUACAUGGCUCCCGAAGUCUGGGAAGGUCACUAUACAGCCAAGGCUGACAUAUUUGCGCUAGGCAUCAUCAUUUGGGCCAUGUUGGAGAGAAUUACUUUUAUUGAUGCUGAGUCUAAGCGAGAGCUCCUUGGAACAUAUGUGAGACAGGGAGCAGACAUUGUGCCAGUGGGUGAGGCGCUGCUCGCGAAUCCAAAAAUGAUACUGAUAAUCCCCCAGAAACGCAGGUCAUGCAUGUCUGAUGGAGUGAGGAAGCUGCUGCUGGAUAUGCUUGCUGUCAACCCUCAGGACAGACCAGAUGCUUUCGAGCUCCAAACAAGAAUGGCUAAAGUUACGUGUCCUGCAUGACUCUGAUUUUGAUCAUUUCUCAGAACAUUGAACACUCUAAAGACUGGAGAGAUGAUUGAGGACUUCAGGAGGCAACCUUCACCACAGUUGCCCCUGACACUGUGGCCAACUGUCGAGACCUUCAAAGGACCUGAGGUAGGAGAUGAACACCAACUCCAUCCUCAAAGAAAUCCCAGCAAAGCAUGUACUUCUUGCGGCUUCUGAGGAAGCACAGUCUAUCACGCGAGCUGCUGAGUCAGUUCUACACGACGGUCAUCCAAUCAGUACUGUGUACCUCGAUCACAGUCUGGUUUGAGGCACACAAAAGGACAAACUCUUGACUGCAACAGACAAAAAAAAACGGCUGAACGAAUUAUCGGCACCACUCUACCCACUAUUGAGGACUUAAACGCAACGCAAACUAGGUCCGAAGCAGGUAGGAUUAUUUCGGAUCCUCCACAUCCUGGUCACCAGCUCUUCCCGUCGGUAAUGCACUAAAAUCAAUAAAAGUCAAAAGUACCAGGCAUUCAAACAGUUUUAUCCCCUCUGCCUUGAAUGGCCCUGAUCAGCGAACCUACUGUUUUUCUGCCUUUUCCCAUGUGUCAGAUGGGUUGCCAUACCACAAAUAGCAAUGGAGCGAAUUGAUAACAAUUGGGGUGUAUGGCUUAACGUUCAUGUUUUGAGCUGAGCCACCAACUCUCAAAUUGGACACAAGAUGUCACCAAACAAAAUUACACUUGAUUGGGUCACCAGCACGGCAAAGAUCUCUCUGAUAAAUGUAGCCUACCCACUUAGCUUCUCAUUGCAUUGCAUACGUAUACCAAAAUCAGUAACCUUAUAUAAACCUGAUUAUUUUUCAUAUCUUUGUAUUACAUACAUAUAUCGGGGUUAGCAACUUUAAGAACCCAAUUAUUGUUUUAUCUUUGUUUUCACAUCUUAUUUCUGAUAUGAAGACAGUGUCAGGAUGCAGCUGUCAGGUCACACCCAACGUUUUUCAAGACGGUUGCAGCAUCAAGUUACUGAACAGGAAGCCCGUCACACUCGAAUGACCACGCAGGAAGUCGGCAAGCAGAAAUAGAUUUCAACUAUUUUUUCACUGCACUUUUAGCAGAAAAUAAGAUGCUUUGAAACAGCUUUGUGAAGAGAACCUGUGUAUGGCUGUCUCUCUCAGACAAGGCAACACAUGAUGAGCAACCAACUAAAACAAGCUUGAGAGAAUGCAUGAGAGAAUUGUAUUCAUAAGAAUGUUGAUACAUUUAUCCUAUUGUUCAAAAUUAGGGUGAAACCGAACGCGAGUUGUGGUUAUAUUUUUUAAAAAGAUGCAUUUAUUAAUUAAAGGGAGAAUGACAAAAUUGAGUGAAGCUAAAGAAGGGCGUGACAAGUCAAGCCAGGAAUGGCAAAUGGGGCCCAAUGGGAUGAACCGGGGGAGGCCCUUCCCACUAGUCGUAGAUUCAGCCAACAUUUUCCAGAACGUUCCACCAAAAAGCUAUAAAAACCUUGGAUACGGAAUUCGGUGCUUUGUGUUCAGUUUUCGCUAACAAAGAGACAUGGUCUUUCUAUAGGUGUAAUAGUCGUAUGGCAAGAUGGCGGGGAGAAGGAAUUGGCAACUUGGGAGUGCCUAAAUUGACGACUCUUUUUGAGAUUGGGCGCAAGUAAAACUACUAUAAUAAGGUAAUGGCAGGAUAAUACCAGCGAUAUUACGUGGUUACCUAUGAAGGGCAAGUUAUCUUGACAAUUUAUCCGUAAUCCCGAAAACCCUUAUUAUUAAAUUAGGCUUCGAGCUAUAUAGGACUUGAUCAACCCGAACAGGCUCACUCAAAAAUGUCCCCUGUGUGGAGUUUGCAUGUUCUCCCCGUGCCUGCAUAGGUUUUCUCAGGGCACUCCACUUUCCUCCCACAUCCCAAAAACAUGCAUUAAUUUGAAACUCUAAACUGCCCUUAGGUGUGAUUGUGAGUACAUAUGGUUGUUUGUUUUUGUGUGCCCUCCGACUGGCUGGCAAAAAAUUCAGGGAGUACCUUGACACCUGCCCAAAGAUAGCCAGCAUAAGCUCCUGCUCCAGCAGAUAAGAUCCCACAAUCCUUGCAAGAAUAACCUGCUCAGUCUUCAAAUCUAACAAGACCCGUCCGACCCUCUAAACUUUCACCUCAAACAAGAAGACUGAUCAGAGAUGCAGCCAAGAGCCCCAUGAUCAUGCUGAAUGAACUGUGGAGAUCUACAGCUGAGGUGGAAGAGUCUGUGCAUAGGAAAACAAUCAAGUCAUACACUGCACAAAUCAAGCUUUUCUGAAAGAGUGGCAAGAAGAAAGCAAUUUCUCAAAGAUAUCCAUAAAAAGUCUUGUUGAAAGAUUGGGAGACACACCAAACGUGUGGAAGUAGGUGCUCCGGUCAGAUGAAACCAAAAAUCGAACUUUUUGGCCACACUGCAAAACGAUAUGUUUGGCGUAAAAGCAACACAGCUCAUCACCGUGAACACACCAUCCCCACUGUCAAACAUGGUGGUGGCAGCCUCAUGGUUUGGGCCUGCUUUUCUUCAGCAGGGACAGAGAAGAUUGUUAAAAUUGAUGGGAAGAUGGAUAGACCCAAAUACAGGACCAUUCUGGAAGAAAACCUGUUGGGAGUCUGCAAAAGACCUCAGACUGGGACGGAGAUUUAUCUUCUAACAGGACAAUGAUCCAAAAAAUACAGUGAAGAAAAUAAUUAUUUGAACACCCUGCUACAUUGCAGGUUUUCCCACUU